AUGUUUACUUCCGAACUAUUUUCUACAAUUGUGCUUGUGGCAAGCUUUGUCACCCAUCAAGUUGCCGCCAACUGGGAUCCUGCCACCGGUCAUCUGCGGGAUUUCAAACCAACCGCCGAGUGGAUAGCGGCUCAUCAACCCAAACGAACCACAAAAGCUAUUCAAGUAGCGGAGUGUGCUGCAAACACCAGGCUGUCAUUCCCUGAUGUGCAAUUGUUUACUUGGUUCUCUGUCGAUCAUAAUUGUGACGCCUAUCACGGAUGUCCAUAUGGAACCUGUUUCGCUUACACCGUUUUCCCACAACCGGAUGAAUUUGAAGUCGACUUUACCAAUUCACACUCAUUCUUUUGGCACAACACCGGUGGUGUUCCUGGAACUGGAACAAACCCCAUUGCCAACCCACAAACCGGAGGCUUUGGUUACGAAUCGAGCUUGGAUGGCGUCUAUCACGACGGAAAGGCUGAUGUAUCGACCGAGCAAGUAGGACAUGACAAUAACUACCCCAGCUUUCACCCCGAGAGCCUUCCUAAAUGGCCUCAGGAAGCCCGUGAUAAGUACGCCAGCUUGGCGGUCAGCACUGUUCCUACCCAACCCAAAUGUGGCAAGCCGAACGAGCCAAACAAGGACCCCGGAUCAGUUCCUGGUGCGUUUGGCAACUACAAGCCCCGACCUGCAAGUGAUUACCAAGCUCCAAUUGGAUACGUUCCCGGCCCCAAUGACAAAACCCCACCAGCAAACAACACUACCAAACCCGCUCCAGGCGGCAAUAAUACCCAACCCUACGUACCGAUCCGCAAUUCAACCCAUCACGGCAGCUCACCCAAGCCAAAACAUCAUGGUCAUCAAGGAAAAGGUCAUGACACCACCACGCCUGCACCUCAUGGUCGAUGUGAGGCGUUUUGUGAGUGUACCGGUGGAUGUAAUUCAGCUGACGAGGCUUGCCACUCUACUUGUCAGGCUAAGCACCCAUCGUGCAGUCCUCCAGUCUGCCAAAAGCCAAUCACAUCCCCAGUUUCCAUGACCAAACGACACGCGCGCAGAUCUUCGCAGCACUAA